AUGGCGAAUGUUUUGCAACAUCAGCAUCAGUCUAUGGAGUCUCCUUAUGACAUGCUCGAAAGUCUCAAAAAGAUGUUCGGUGAGCAAAAUCGUGCAGCUAAGCAGACAAUCAUGAAAGCCCUUUUGAAUACCAAGAUGGCUGAAGGAUCAUCAGUUAGGGACCAUGUUCUGAAGAUAAUAUGUCUUUUGAAUGAACUGGAGGUCCUUAGAGUUGUGAUUAAUAAGGAAUCUCAAGUUGAGAUGGUCCUGCAGACUCUGCAUGAUAAUUUUCAACAAUUUCGCUUGAACUAUAAUAUGAAUUAA